AUGAGCUGGCGCUGCCGGUUUGGGCUCCGUUUACCCGUCUGCGUUCCGAGGGCGGAGCGGGCAGCCCCAGGGGCCGCGGCUGCGGGCACCGGAGAGCUCCCGGAGGCCGCGCUUGUCUCCGCAGUGUGCCACCAGCGCGGGAGUGAAGCUGUUCCCGAGGCCGAUCUCCGAAAGGCUUUUUCAGCACUCCUGAUGUCUCCGGAGCAAGGGGCUGUUUGUUCCCAGCAGAGAGAUGCCGACUGUGAGCUGGAGGAGAGUGAAUUGUGCUCUGUCCAUGAGCUUGUGAAGGAGCCCCUGGAUGACAGAUCAGCAACAGGGAAUAUACACAAAAGGAUCCACCGGAGAAUCCCGGCUCUGUUGAAGUCAUCUGAUGAAUCCCAUGUUACCUUUGACGUGGAUUCUUUUACGAAAGCACUGGACAGAAUUUUAGGGGCAGACUCGGAGGAGCUGGAUUCUGAUGAUCUGGAUGAAGAGGAGGAGUUUGAUUUCUCAGAUGGGGAUGAUGGAGACCUGGAUGCUGGGAACCAGGGGCAGGAGCAGGAGGUGUCUCCCGGGGAGCUCGUGGGCAGUCUCAAGGCGUACAUGAAUGAGAUGGACCGCGAGCUGGCACAGACCAACGUUGGGAAAAGCUUCACCACCCAGAAGAGAGGGGCAAGUUCUGAUGAAGCAGCCACAUGUGAGAGUGCUGGCCCUGAUCCUGGAGCUGAGGAUGCUGAGCUGGCCCCCGUGGAUGUGGACAUGAACCUGGUGGCAAACCUGCUGGAGUCCUACAGUGCCCAGGCUGGCCUGGCAGGGCCCACCUCGAACAUUUUACAGAGCAUGGGGGUGAAUUUACCUGAGAACACAGAUCCCACUGGCUCGGGCAGCCGAGCACCACAGUGAGAGACUUGGGACAAGACAUGGCUGGUGGGGAAAUGAAGCACAGACAGACGAGCAGGAUGUGGAAGAGGAGGCCAAAGGUUUCAAUUUGGAGCAUUCUGGUCAUUAUGUGUCAUUUCAACAAA